AUGUCUCAACAAUCCAACUCUUCUCCUUCCAAGAACAUGCCUUGUUCUCCUAGCGCUGAACCAAGCAACCCUAACAAAGAAGAUCCUGUUGAUGACUCUGUGGAUACCCCACAUGCAAGAAGACCUAAAGAAACUGUAUCAGGCUUCUCCUCAUCCAUCGUUCUUGAGGAACGAACCAAAGAAGGUUCCAGGUAUGUUCACAAUGCCAUUGCCACUAUAGUGACUGGAAUACUGUCUGGAAAUCAUGAGGUCCCUGGGGUUUCCAUUCCCUUAAACACUAUUGAACCUGAUAGUGUUGCUGAUCAAGAAAAUACUGAGUCUUUAGGAAAGAAUAUCUCUGAUGAUGUUGAGAAAACUGAUGCCCAUAAGGAGUCAAAUGUUGACAAACCCUUAGAUAAUGUGGCUGGUGAGGAAGUUCAUGUCACUCAUGAUGUCAGUGACAACCCUAACUGUGAGGCUGAAACAGUAGACCUGGAGGAAUCUUCUGAUAAUAAGUUGUUGUCCUCUGUCCUCCCUAGCAUAGCCAAAAGGGUUAGGACUAGGAGAGAAAAGAAAAUUGUGGCUCAAAGGUCCCCCAGAAAGAAGAUUGAUGUUCCAACCUCUUCCAAGACAACGGUGGCAGUCGAGAGUUUCCUCAAGAGGAAAGUUCAUGGUCCAACCAAAUCUUGGAGCAAAGUGGUGCCCAAGAAAAAGAAGACCAAGUUUAUUGUUGUUGAGUCUGACUCAGAUGUUCCUUGUAAUGUCCCUGACAUUUUGUGGAAAUAUGUUUAUCAGAAGAGGCUGGCUUUGGAAAGGGAAUUAGCUCAGAAUGUCCUAGACUGUAAGGAUAUUAUGGAUCUUAUUCAAGAGGCUGGUUUAAUGAAGACUGUGACUCAAUUUUCAAAGUGUUAUGAGAUGUUGGUAAAGGAAUUUAUUGUUAAUUUGUCUGAAGAAUGUGCUGAUGGCAAGUCUAAGGAAUUCAGGAAAGUGUAUGUGAGAGGAAAGUGUGUAAACUUCUCUCCUUCAGUGAUCAACAAGUAUUUGGGAAGGCCCGAUGAAGCUCAACCUGAGCUUGAGGUGACUGACAACAAAAUUUGUCAAGUCAUCAUUGCUAAUCAAGUAAGGAAGUGGCCUCUCAAAGGAAAAUUGGUGGCAAGUAAACUGAGUGUCAAGUAUGCAAUGCUGCACAAGAUUGGAGCUGCUAACUGGGUGCCCACCAAUCAUAAAUCUACAGUUGCUGUAAUGCUUGGAAAGGAAUUAGAGGCAAGGAAGUUGAACUUGGAAAAAUUGAUUAGCUCUUUGGAGAUGACUGAAGGUGAUGUGCUAGCUGAUGGUGGAGAAUUUGGUGAAGCUGUUGCUGUUGCAGAAGAAGCUGAAAGACAAGGUGAAGAGGUAGAAGCAGAUGCCACUCCUGAUGAUGGCACAGAUGAUAAUGCUUACUCUGAGUCAGAUGACUAG